AAUUUGAAAUAUAUUUGUAUCGGUGCCGGUGUGCGAGAAUACUUCGCAUUCUCCGAAUUUUAUAAAAAGUAGAGCACAAUAAAACCGAGUCAAAAAUGGGUGAUAAACUGUUGGACACAUCGCAAAUUAUAAAUGGAUUGGCUGUGAUGAUAUCAUUUUUUGUUGGGUACAAAUAUGCUCUAAAACGGGGUGAAGCUUGCGCUAAAAUUGACGAGACUCCAUCGGAGACGCCAGAAGGCGCAGCUGUCGCAGUAGCAGACAAGACCUAUGGCGGCUUCAAUGACAACUACAAAAUGGUGCUCGUUGUGCGCAACGAUCUGAAGAUGGGCAAGGGGAAGAUUGCCUCGCAGUGCUCCCACGGAGCUGUGGGCGCCUAUCAAAGGGCUGUGACUCGUACGCCACGCCUAUUGCGUGCCUGGGAAAAUUGUGGAUGUGCAAAGAUCGCAGUGCGCGUCGAUAGCGAAGCCGAACUGAUGAGCAUCAAGCGAUCCGCCGAACAACUGCAUCUGAACACUUGUCUCAUCCGUGAUGCUGGACGUACCCAGAUCGAGCCGAAUUCCAAGACUGUGCUCGCCGUAGGACCCGCAGCGGCAGUCGAAAUCGAUCGUGUGACUGGCCACCUGAAACUGUUGUAAUGCUCGGCUGACAGGCCCAAGUGCAGCCAGCGCGUAGGAUAUACGCAAUUCUCAGCAAGCAAUAUCUGUGGCAGCGGGUGGUAAGCAACCACGACGACGACGAUGACGACCAUGACUGUGACAUGUACGUUGAACUAGAGUCUAGUGCUUAAUUGCGUUUAUUUGUAAACUGAGUUAUAACAAAUUAAAUCCCUUAUGAUGCUGCUAUCUUUA